GAAAAAAUAAACAGAAACAAAAUUAAAAGAGAAAGUGAGCGGAAAAAAAGUGUUGUCUGAUCCACGGAGAGGAAAGAGGUAAUCGGAGAUGAAAAUUGAGGUCGAAAACUGAGAAAAAGUUCGAUCAAAUUAGGGUUAGGGUUAGGGUUUUUGAACGGCUUACACACACUCAAUCACAACCAACUCAGAUUCAGCCAAUCGGAGCAACUACACAUCACUGCGUUGUUAGCUUCACUGGGAUUAAGACUUUGUCCAACACAGGGAUAGGAAAAAGGUGGCAUCAAAAGACUCAAAACAGUGGGAAUGAUAGGGAAUAAAUAGGCCAGUAGAAAUGAGUAGAUUGUCUUUCAGGCCUCGUCCCCUCGAUAUUCACAAGAAGCUUCCCAUUGUCAAGUCCUUCAAGGACUUUGAAGAUGAAGAGGCACCGACUUCUACCCGUCAUUCGCAAUUUCUACGUGCUGUUCCAGAGAUUGAAAGUGAGGUACAUCAUGUUCCUAGUAAGAAACUGGCUGCCGAAAUACCUACUCCUCAGUUUGUUAUUGUGGAUACGUAUGAAAGGGAUUAUUCUUCUACUUUCUCUCAACCAAAUUCCUAUUUGCGGGCCAGAGGAGCUCGGGCUGAGAUUGGAGAGUUUGUUGAGUAUGACUUGGACAAUGAAGAUGAGGAUUGGCUUGCAGAGUUUAAUGAAGAACGGAAAAUUCUGACACCUGAAAUGCUUGAGAGUCUUCUUUUCAAGUUGGAGGUAUUGGACCAUAAAGCUCGUGAAAGAGCUGGACUUAUAACACCUACUCUUGGUGCACCAAUUCCCGUUCUACUACGACUUGAUACUGCUAUUGAGGCCUUACAAGUGCAGAUCAUCAAAUAUUCAGUUAUCCAGUCUGUGUAUGAUUAUUGGAAAGAAAAGCGUGAGCGGUGGCAAAAGCCCAUUUUGCGACGUUUGCAGCCGCCUCCGCCCGUUAACGACACCAACCCAUAUAAUGUCUUCCGGCCAAGGGAGAAGGCCCACAGGCUUCACACAAGAAGGAUGCAAAGGAGAGAAAACAAUGUGCAGUCAUUUGAAAAGCUUCGCCAGGUUAGGCGCAACCUUGACCAAGCCAAGAGCUUGUUGGAAGCUUUGAUCAAGAGGGAAGAGAAAAAAAGAGAAGUAAUGGAGAGUGAAGUUACGUUACAGAGGAUGCAAAUGAAGUACAAGCAUGAAACUGAGUUUUUGGAGGACAACUUGGCACUCUCUGGAUUUACUCCCUUCUCUUCCAAGUUUCCUUCAAGUGAAGAGGAAUUUUUCGAUUCAGAUGACAUCAUGACAAGCCGUCUUCCUCGUUCACGGUCUACUGCAAUGCAGACUUUGCCAUCCUAUGACGCCAACCUGCCCGUGGUUCCUGCAGUUAGCACAAAACAGGAGUUUAAGAGGAGAUACGUUCCACAUGGAUGGCCUCAUAAACUGGAUCCUCUUGAGCCAGUUUUAUUGUUCACAAAACCUCUACUUCCAGAUAAGUUGGCUAUGGCUGGUAUUCUACCUCCAGAUCCUAUCACCCAAAACGGGGUGUCAGCACCACCGUUUAAAUUUCGUGGAAGAAUUGGUAGAGGCGGCCGGAUAAUAUUUGACCGGUGGAAUCCGCUUAUGCAAACUCCGAUUGAUUGUGGUAAUUCUUACUAUAUGCCACCAAAACCAAGACCUUCGACGUGUAACUAAUUUGUUUAUAUAAUCUGGUGCUAAUUGGUACCUACCUGUUGGUUAGGAUUUAGUUGAUAAAUCAUUAGGAAGGUCAAUGUUGCAAGGGGAGCUUGUAUCUAAACAUGAUUUAGGCCUGCAAGUUUUUUUCUUGUUAUGAGGCCUAGUAUUGUAUUGGGGCAGGAAGCUAGAUACAUUUUGUAUUGAUAUAUGUUGAAGUGAGUAUUUCAUUGCCUUUGCUCA